UUUACUUGUCACUCUAUCAAUUAAAAACUUCAAUUGAUAAUACCAGCUGUAAAUGAAAAUUUUGAAAUUUUUAUUGCUAAAAUCAAUCAUUUGAAUUUUCCCGCUAUUUAAAUUCAAAGUACGCAUGCGCGAAUGUUUACCUUCCAUCUUGUUUUUCAAAUAAAAUCCGCGCGAAAAACAUACUGGGAGACAAACGUAACUUGUUGAUAAUAAAAAUAUUAUUUAUAAAUUAAAAAUACAUCAUUAUAUAAAUAUGUUUUGUUUGAAAUAUUGUCAGUUGUUACCAAGAACAAUUAUCGUUCGUAAAAUGGCUACUGUAAAAAGGUUUUAUCGCAAGACAAAUAUAUUACAAAGUGGUGAUAAGUAUGAAAUAACACUAGAUCAACGAAAACUUAAGACACCUAAAGGACGAGUAUUUGAAGUUUCAAGUAAACCAUUAGCUUUAGCUGUCGCAUUAGAAUGGGAUAGUCAAGAGGAAACUAUUCAUAGGAGUAAUAUGCAUUUGACAGCUCUAUGUAGUACAUUUUUAGAUAAUCCACAACAUUUAAGUUCCAUUGACAUUGUUAAUUAUAUUGCUAAUUAUCUAGAGACUGACACUAUUUUAUUUCAAUCUGACGAAACGGAAGAAUUAUUUAAACUCCAGAAAGAUAAAUGGGAUCCAAUGAUUCAGUGGUUCUGUGAUAAGUAUCAAGUUGAUAUAGAAAAAACUACAAGUAUAAGUGCGCCAAUUAUUCCGAGUAAUACUAAAGAAACAAUAGUAAGACAUAUGGCUUCUUAUGAUGCUGCAGCACUUCAUGGGUUUAUGUACGGUGUAGAUGUAUUAAAAUCAGUUAUUUUAAUGUUAGCUUUGUCCGAAAGAGUUAUAAAUGUUGAAGAAGCUGUUAGCUUAUCAAGAUUAGAAGAAGAAUUUCAGAUAUCACACUGGGGUAAUGUAGAAUGGUCUCACGAAUUAAGCAAACAAGAUUUACAGGCACGAUUGGCAGCGGCAGUAUUAUUUAUUCAUUUAAAUUCAUCAUCCACUACUACAAAACCCAAACUUGACAGUACAUAAAUAAAUCACAUUUAGUUUCUAAUCAUACUAUCAACGAUAAUAAUAAUAAUAAUAAUAAUAAUGAUAAUAAUAAUAGUAAUAAUAUUUUCCGUAAGU